UCGAGCGCUUCCCGCCCGCCACCUUCGGCGUCGCGCCGCGACAACCUGUUGGAAUGUUCAGAAUCGCCGCGAUCGUCGCUCUUUUAUUUUCCGCGCGCGACGCCGACUCAUCUUACCUAUUUAUAAAGUGCUGCGAAGAUGGAUACGUUCUCGACGAGGAGUUUAAUUGCUCGCGGCCGGUUAACGGAACGCCUGGAUCCGAAGUGCGCAUCUUGCCCAACGAGACCAGCUCGAUGCACCUGACUUGUCACAAAAAUGCCGAGGUGGGACCACCCGCGGCGAUCGACAGCGGACCCGACUCGACGAACGAUGUCAUCUGUCAAGAUGUCAACGCAAACGGAAGCCUCGUCACUGGAGUCUGCAGAGAGAUCUCAAAGAACGCAAUCGACGAGCAGUGCGACGGUUUGCUGACGCCUCUGAAAUUCUGGGGAGCCACCAUAGUGGUGUUCGCCAACCUCAUCUACGCGGUCCCCUACUUCCUGGUCAUCGUGCUUUUUGUUUUCGUCCCUGACCUCCGGAAUAGAGCCUACGACAAGGCUGUGCUGUGCUUCAACGUGUGUCAACUGUUGACGGUGGCGAUUUUGAGCGUCAUGGGGUAUUUUGUGCUCUGUCACAUGUCGGUUGGUACCGCAUACUAUGUCCUCGCUGGACUGUCGCUGAUGUUCCUGACCAUCUCCUCCGUGGUCUGGAUCUCCGUCCUUUGCUUCGACAUGACCCUGGUCAUCACCAGGCUCAGGUGGGUGCAUGCUGGGAACAAAGAUCUGGAAGAAAAACGGAAAUUCAGGGUCUAUUCUGCCUGGGCAUGGGGCACCGCAAUUGUGCCCACCAGCAUCGCUUGUCUUCUUGAACUCUCUCCACUAUUGCCAACGGAAUCUCUUGUCAGGCCCAAUUUUGUCAGGUUUGACGACGGGGCCAAUGUCGCCGUCAUCGUGUAUGUCAUCACCUUCCCGGUUAUCACCUUCAUCGCCAAUAAUGCCCUUUUCAUGUACACGACCUACAAGGUGAUUCGGAUGAAGAGGUCGGCGGCCUUGGCUUUAGAGAACAGAACCGAGAAGGCCACGAAGAAGUACUUCGUGUUCCUCAGGCUGUAUCUGCUUAUGGAUGCCCCCUGGCUCACCGGGGCCCUAGGGGCCAUUUUCGAAGAUCUUUGGAUUUUGAAAUUGUUCAGAAUUACGCAACCCAUACUUAUGGCUCUCGCCAUUUUGCCGCAGAAGAAGGUACGCCGCGCGUUCGCCUGCUCGAAAAAUACGAACAAUGAUAAUCGAAUCCCCACCAACGUCGUUAAUCCAAACACUUCGAAUGUAAACGAAUUCGUUACGAAUUGUUAAUUAAGACUGCUCGUGAUAUUUACAUAAAUACGAUGAUUAUUGCGACUGACCACAAGGUUAAGGCGAUGUGAAAGUGAGAUCAAGAGGUUUCGUUUAUGAUAAUUUUCUCCGAACUGGGUGUAUCAAAUAAUUUGGAACUUCACCUCGUGAUUACAGAAGUCCUAAUGAAGACCUUGAAACUCACGAAGUCUCAUUCAUUAAAAAAAAAAUUUUUUUCUUGUUCUUUUAUACAUUUGUUUAAAAUGAAAUUUCGCGAGUUUCAAAAUCUUCAUUAGGACCUUCACGUGUGAAAUUUUCGAAUUAUUCGGCCCAUCCAGUUUUAAGAAAAUUAAUAUGAAUAUUGAAUAUUUUGACUUUUUGGUACACAUGAAGACGUGAGCAAAGAAGUCAUAGUUGCAAUGCCAAUUUUUUUACGAAUAAAUAAUAAGAAAUCGUACGUGCAAAUGAAUCAAUUGAGACGUAUUCAAGGCCGGAUUACAGAAAUUUAAGUUAUGGGGAGUUCGGUUGCUUUAUAGCCAGAAGAGGUCGACCAAUUUGCGCCUGGGAGGAAAAGUGAGGUUAUAUAGGGGAUUCCUUGCCGUAUACGAGUACGUAGAAUUAAUAUAUAAAGGGGAAGGGCUCGAAAACGUACUGGAGGUAAGCAAUUCCCAAGGCGGUAAUGGUCACAGCGCGCUUCUAAUAGAAUCCGUAACUAGGUUAUACCGGGAUUGAAAUACUCCAUCCCGAGGACAAGCUUCUCUCUUCCUCGUCGGCGAACUCGUAAAUAUCCUUCGCCGUCGUCCUCGUGCAGGAAGCAUCAAAGCUCCGCCGGAGGAUUUCAGAAAAGGAGGGCCAAAACUUAAUAGGAUUCCCCGCUUUUUACCGGACGGCGUACAAAGAGAGAACCGAGUUGCAGGUACAAAGUAUCGCGUUAUUUCCUAUUUAUACUUUCCGUUUAGCGGAACAUUAAGGAGCAAGAUCAUUAAAUUCCCAAUUGAUCUAAGGAGUUCCUUGCAGAAGGAGGUCCCGACUCUCGCGGUCUUCCUUCCUGUAAAACGUAUUCUUGCGACAAUUUCCGCAAGUGAUCCAACAAUAAGCAACGAUAAGUGCGAAUCCUGGUGCGACCU